AUGGGUGAUAUUGAAAACGAUGAGCGAAUCAUAAGCUACUUGGAAAAAAUCGACAACAAAUUCUGUGAGAUAAAAAACAUACUAAGAGAGAUCAGGGGGAAGGUCAAGAAGCAUGCAGAGAUAAACAGAAACAUUCGGGAGAACCUGAUGAGCUGGAACAGGUUCUUUAAAUUUGAUGAUGAAUUAAACCAGAAAGAUGCAACACUAAAUGACACAACAAUUUUUGAAGAAAUAAGUCCAAGAAUGAGUGUGAUAGCAAAUGAAAUAAAUGAUGAGGACGAGAAAGAGAACAACCUAAGAAGCAGGGAGAACACAAGCCACUAUGACAAUUUAUCAACACCAUUGAAGCAACCAAUUAGCCAGCAUACAAACCUGGACACUCUGACAAACACAUCCAAAACAAUUGAGCAUAGUACAGCAGCACAGCCGCUCACAAAGGAGAGUCUCCCUCAAGCAUUCGCAAACGAAUCGGUCUUGCUUGAAAUCUACAACUUUGUCAAAUCGAUUCAUGAGACAGACAUUGAUCCCAUACGCAGCAGAUUCAAUAGCACAUCACACAAGAAGCUUGAGAUUUUUGUAAAUUUUCUGGUAGGGCGAGAUUACCUGGGGAAAAGAAACAACAGACUCUACUUUAAGAAUUAA